GGCGCGCUUAUUGAGAUUGAUCAGACAAAUAAAUUUGACCAAGCAAUUAAUUAUUUGAUCAAUUAGUAAAAUGUGUCGGAUAUUGUGUGUUUCUUUGCUCUUGUGGCAUUUUUUAUUGGUGUGUCAAUUUGAGAAUUCAGCAGCAGCCGCAUUUUCUGCACGGCAGAGCCGCAACGAUUUAGAAAUUGAUAAUCAGCAGACGUCUGCGGCACCUGUGUCUCCUGCUCCAACUGGAGCUACAGAAACAAGCACAGUCACCAGCGGGCUGCUGAAAAAAUGUCUCCCAUGUACCGGUGUGAAAUGCGUGCCACAAAUCCAGUGUCCAGCCCAUGUUCGCAUGAAAAGCCAUGAGAAACCGCAAAUUUGCGACCUUCCAGCCGGCAAAUUUGGCUACUGCUGUCAGACGGGCCAGAACCACACAGCUCCACGCCUGGAGAGCAGGGAGCGUCGCGCAGAUUUUCCCAGCUUUGUGUCUCCCACCUUACUGGAUGAGGCCCGGCGAAAUUUUGAGCAUCUGAUGCAUGGUGUGGCCCAGAUACCCGUUCAUCGGGGUCUGCCCGACUUCAGUCACGGCAUUGUCUUCCACUCCACGGCCAAGGAGGAUCUGCACAACUUUGGGCUGUCCCACAAUGCCCUCGAGCAGGUCUUCACCACACAGCUCUUCAGCAAGAUGGAACAGCUACCCGUGGACGAUAUCAUCACCAACAACGUACCGAUAAAGUUCACAAAGACACCGCUGGACCAGCACUGCCAGGCACCGCCAAUUUGUCGGAACAUCCAAUCCGUGUAUCGCAGCUUUGACGGGACAUGCAACAAUCCGUCGCCAGCCCGGUCGCAUUGGGGUGCUGCCGGCCAGCCCUUGGAGCGUAUGCUGCCGCCGGCCUACGAGGAUGGCAUCUGGAAUCCCCGUGUCCACUCGACUGACGGCACUCUUCUGUUGGGGGCUCGCAAGAUCUCCCGAAUCCUCCUGGCCGAUGUCGAUCGUCCCCAUCCCAAGUACAAUCUUCUGGUGAUGCAGUUUGGACAGGUUUUGGCACACGAUGUCUCGCAGACCUCCACAGUGCGUCUCGACGGUGGGGAUCUAGUGCAGUGCUGUUCUCCUGGGGGAAAAGGGCCAUUGAAUCCACAGCAGACCCACUUUGCCUGCAUGCCGAUCUCCGUAGAUCCGGAUGAUGAAUUUUACAAUGCCUUCGGCGUUCGUUGCCUGAACUUGGUGAGGCUCUCCCUUGUGCCGAAUCGGGACUGCCAGCUCAGUUAUGGCAAGCAAAUGAGCAAGGUAACGCACUUUUUGGACGUCUCGCCGGUGUACGGCUCCAGUCAGGAGGCAGCCCGUGAUCUGAGAUCAUUAAAAGGCGGACGCUUGCGCAUGCUGGACGAUUUCGGGCGGGAUCUUUUGCCGCUGGCGGACGACAAGAAGGCCUGUGCUAGUGAGGAGGCCGGAAAGUCUUGCUUCAAGUCGGGAGACGGACGCACCAAUCAGAUCAUAUCGCUCAUUACCCUUCAAAUACUCUUCGCUCGCGAGCACAAUCGUGUGGCCGAUAUACUGGCCCAGAUCAAUCCAUCGGCCGGCGAUGAGUGGCUCUUCCAGGAGGCACGGCGCAUCGUCAUUGCCGAAGUGCAGCACAUCACUUACAAUGAGUUCCUGCCGAUUAUCAUUGGACCGCAGCAAAUGAAGCGCUUCCGACUGGUGCCCCUCCAUCAGGGCUAUGCGCAUGACUAUAGCCCGGACGUGAAUCCUGCUAUAACCAACGAAUUCUCUGGUGCUGCCUAUCGCAUGGGGCAUUCCAGUGUCGAUGGAAAGUUCCACAUACGGGGCGAGCAUGGCCGCAUUGAUGAAGUGAUCAAUAUCCCGGAUGUGAUGUUCAAUCCGUCGCGUAUGCGCAAGCGUGAGUUCUAUGAUAAUAUGCUCCGGACCCUUUACAGCCAGCCCAUUCAGCAGAUCGACAGCUCUAUUACCCAAGGACUCAGUCGAUUCCUGUUCCGCGGUGAUAAUCCAUUCGGUCUCGAUCUGGCCGCCAUAAAUAUACAGCGUGGGCGCGAUCAGGGUUUGCACUGCUACAACGAUUAUCUGGAGCUUAUGGGUGCCCCCAAGAUUAAGACUUUCGAUCAGUUUCCCCACGAGGUUGGCCAAAAGCUGGCUCGCGCUUAUAGGACGCCGGAUGACAUUGAUUUGUGGGUUGGUGGACUCCUGGAGAAAGCCGUUGAGGGCGGAAUUGUGGGCGUUACCUUUGCCGAGAUCAUUGCCGAUCAGUUUGCGCGCUUCAAGCAUGGAGAUCGUUACUACUACGAGUACGAUGCUGACAUCAAUCCCGGCGCCUUCACACCCAACCAGCUGCAGGAGAUUCGAAAGACAACGAUGGCUCGUCUGAUUUGCGACAAUGCCGAUCGCCUAACGCUCCAGGGAGUGCCCGUGGCCGCCUUUAUCCGUGCUGACUUUCCGGGCAACCAAAUGAUUGGCUGCGAUGAUCCCAGCCUGCCUGCCGUCAAUCUGAAUGCCUGGCGCACUUGAGAUUAUUUCUAAAUUAUUCAUUUUUAUUUAUAAUUAUUUAUCAAGUUUUUAAUGCGCCCGAGUGCUCGGUGGAAUGUAUGGGGAAUAUACCCCCGAUUUAUGUAACAAAGAAACGAAAUUAAAGGUCAUGAUAUGUGA